AUGGACCCGGGAGCUAAGAAUAAGCCAAGGUCAAGUCUGACCUCGAAUCGUCUUCGCGAAGGGGCCGGCAAGUUACUACGCCCAGGCUGGGCCCGGGUAUGGACAGCGGAGUUACCUCCUCUAUGGCCGCCGGGCACUGGAAAGUCCACUUUCGUAGCCGCCAUGGCUAAAUUCCUCUCCUACGACAUCUACGACCUCGACCUCUCCAAAAUUUCGGAGAAAACCGAUCUCAAGUCUCUCCUCCUUCAAACAAGCCCAAAAUCAUUGAUUUUGGUGGAAGACCUGGAUCGUUACUUGAGCAAGGAAAACAAGGAGGAAGUGAGUUCCAUGAUGAAUUUCAUGGAUGGAGUAUUCUCCUGCUGUGGCGAGGAGACGGUGAUGGUGUUCACGAUGAGCGGACCUAAGGAGGCGAUCGACCAAGCAUUGCUACGUCCAGGGAGGCUUGACGUUCACAUACACUUCCCCCUUUGCGAUUUCUCGGCGUUCAAGAGUCUCGCGAGCAGCUAUUUGGGACUGAAAGAUCACAAGCUGUAUCCGCAGGUGGAGGAGGAAUUUCAGUUCGGAGCGAAAUUGAGCCCUGCGGAGGUCGGGGAGAUUAUGAUAGCAAACAGGGGAUCGCCAAGCAGAGCGCUGAAGACGGUGAUUAGCGCGUUGCAGGAGUCUAAUGGAGGAGGAGGAGGAGGGAGGAGGGCGAUGAGUGAGAGCGGGUCGGUGAAUGGGCGGCGGGCAGAGGAAUUAGGAGAAGGGUGUGGAGUCGGAGGGGGAUUGGGGUUUGGAAAAGAUGUUACUGUUAGAGAAUUCAAGAAACUGUAUGGAUUGAUUAGGAGAAGUGGGAGCAAGAGACGAAGGGGACUAUGUCGAGUUGAAAUGGCCGCAAGCCCUGGGCGGUGGCUGCUGCGGCCGCUGGCAGGACACAGCCAGGUAAUUUUCUCAAAUCUUUUCCCUGUAACACAUGAUUCUGCUUUACUCGAGUACUGA